AUGCUCCUCGUAUACCAGGUCGGGAGCGUCAAGAUCGGAGAGGUCGUCCGCUACACCGUCACCUACACGCCUUCCCAGGACCGAAUCCUGCCCUCGCCCGAGCGUCUCUACCUGCGAGUCCGCAACACCUCGGCCAUUGCCCUGCGCGCCGCCUUCGUCCAUGGUCCCUACACGCUGGGCGCCGCCGCCUAUCCGUCCAACUUCGACCCCAACGUCAAGUUUGCGAACCCGCGCCGCUAUGGCGUGCCCGAAUUUGAACCCAUGCUCAAGGCCGGCGGCUCGUGGGAGUGCGAGCUGGUCGUGCCGGAACACAUAAGGCAGAGCGCGGGUACCGGAGGUGGCGCACAUUUCGGCGGCGGCGGCGGGGCAUCCGGGGCACCCGGUGAAACCGAGACCGAGUGCGCCUCGUGGAUCGUCGAGGUAUCGUCGCAGGUCAUCUUCUCCACCUCGGCCGCCGUCGGGUACGAGGUGACCAUUGCGAGGGAUGCCAAGUCGCUCAACCUCAGCUCGUCGCUGCCCGUCAUCGGCGGCCAGGCGCAGGUCCCGCAGCCCGGCAAGGUCGCCGAUCACCAGCAGAGCAUGGGCGCCAAGGACGGCCAUCAUCCGGCGCAGCCGAAGGGCGUCUUCUCCAAGGCAAUACGGCUCAAGGUCGAGGACACGGCCGCGUUGUGGAACACCCCGAGGCUUCCGGGCUGGGACGACCUCAACAUUGACCGCCUCAAGAGCCGCGCGAAAAAGGACCAGCCCGUAGAGAGCGUCGUCACCCAGGAUAGGCAGACGGACGGAAAGCCCGAAAUCAAGCAGAAAAAGGUGCACCUGGUCGUCCUCACCCACGGCCUGCACAGCAACCUGGGCGCGGAUAUGCUAUACCUAAAAGAGAGCAUCGACCAGACGGUAGCACAAGCAAAGAUUGAUGCCAAGGCCCGGCGUGCCAAGGAGCGCGCCGACAAGACGGACAAGGGAGAAGACAAGACCCAAGACGAUAGCCCUGCAGAAGACGACGGGGACGAUGAAGAGGUCAUUGUGCGUGGCUUCUCGGGCAACGCCACAAAGACUGAAAGGGGUAUCAAGUACCUGGGUAAGAGACUGGCUAGGUACAUCCUGUCCAUGUCGUACCCCGACCAGCCGUUCUUGCCCUCAAAGAAGGGACACGCAGAGUCCGCUGUCUCUGCCGUCUUCAACAAGCCGGAUUCAGACAGCAGCAAGGCGGCCCACAAGCACAGCACGAUACACGAAAAGGAGUCGGACGAGAAGCGUCCGUUCAAGAUUACCAGCAUCAGUUUCAUUGGACAUUCCCUUGGGGGCUUGAUUCAGACAUACGCCGUUGCAUACAUACAAAAACACUCGCCCGAAUUCUUCACCAUUAUUAAACCAAUCAACUUUGUCGCCCUCGCCACGCCCUUUCUCGGCCUCAGCAACGAGAACCCUCUCUACGUCAAAUUCGCCCUGGACUUUGGCCUGGUCGGCAGGACGGGUCAGGAUCUCGGUCUCACAUGGCGAGCGCCCACCAUUGCGAGGAGCGGGUGGGGAGCCAUUGUCAGCAACCUGGGCGAGAGCGCACACAAGAGGGUCAUGGGCGAGGUGCAGCCCGAGUCGAAGCCUCUGCUGCGGAUUCUUCCGACGGGCCCAGCGCAUACCGCGCUCAAGAAGUUCCGCAACCGUACGGUCUACUCCAACGUUGUCAACGACGGCAUCGUGCCGCUGAGGACGAGUUGCCUCUUGUUCCUGGACUGGCAAGGACUGGGACGCGUGGAAAAGGCACGGCGGGAGGCAGGCUUGGUUGAGACGUUGGUUGGGGCCGGCUGGGCCGAACUGACGGGCGGCAGUCUGGCACCGACACCGAGGAGAUCUAGCGCAUUUCUGCCACCAGACGAGGGAGAGGUAUCGGACGAUCACUCUGGGAAUAUCACGCCUACAGCACCGACAGAUGCGGUUGAAGUACCGCAGCCACCACAAAAUGCCAUGGUCGAAGAUGACCGGGCGAGUCUGCGGUCGGUGCCCACGCCGUUCAAUGAGAGCGGCCCUGAGGAUGCCAAGGAUACAAGUAGCGGCCCGUUUGCCGGCUUCUUCUCCCUGUUCAAAGGCAGCGAGCAGACGCAGGCCAAGACGCAAUCAAAGACGCCCAGCUUGUCCAACAAGCAAAACAAGAUUUACAGGCGCAGUCAGACGAUCAACUUUGACGAGAUCCCGCAGACGUCGGGCACAAAGGUCACGGCAGGCCACGAGCUGGAGCGGGAUCAACAACACGUCGCGCCGCCGAGGACGAGCUUCUUCGAAUCUGCGCACGACCUGAUCAAUCCCAAGAUCCCGACGACGGAGUACAUCAUUGAUCCCUCCAAGCGGCCCAGAGCAAUCUUCCACGACCGCGUGUACCACCCGAGCGAUAUACCGCCUCCCCCGCUGAAGAAGAAGCCUACCGGAUCGUUGGCGUCUAGGAGAAGCACGUUCCGAAGGGCUGCCUCAACGGGGUCUGGCGGCUCGAGGACCAGCACGGACUCGUCGCCGCACCCGUCGCAGCGCUUCUCGCACGAGGGCACGAUGGACUCGACGCGAGACUACGACGACACGAUCAACACGAACCCCGACAAGGGUCCCGACGAAGAGAUUGACGGGUCGCAGAUGCGGGUCGAAGAGAAGAUUGCCCGGGCCUAUCACCGCGGUCUGGCGUGGCGCAAGGUGCUGGUGAAGCUGGAACCCGACGCGCACAACAACAUCAUCGUGCGUAGGAUGUUUGCCAACGCCUACGGCUGGCCUGUCGUGAAGCACCUAGUCGACGCGCACUUUAGCGAUUCCGCUACAGCGAGAACGCGCGACGAGGACGAGGGGUCCGGCGAGCUUGCGCUGGACAUGGGCCAGGCGCCGAAUAAGUACGGGGACGAAGUCAGGGAUAGCGGCGCCGCGUCGACGGGCGGCGAUGGAUCUGACGAACGGCCGAUUGCGGGCAUGUUGUCUCCCAAUUCGCAGCGGGAAGCCGCAGAUCGGGUGCCGGAUAUGCAGGCGCCGCCGAAACGACGUUCAUCGUCGCGCAGCUCGUCGGCCAGCCCGCCUAGGAUCACGCGGGCGACGAGGCCGCAGCGGCCCGAGAGGGUUGACUCCAUGACGUGGAGCGAUCGGGACUGGGCGGACGACAGCGAUGAUAGUGAGACGACGGCGACGACGGCGAGCGUCAAGAGUCCUGUGGUGGCGGAAUUCAAGGAUAAGGAGGGAGGUAACCGGUCGUCGACGCCGCUUGGUGGGUGGAAUUGGACGGAGAAGAUUGUGGGGAGGGGAGGGUCGAGCCGCAAGACGUCGCCCAAGCCGGAGACUCAGGCUGAUGGGAAAGCCGUCAAGAGUGACGUCAAGGGUGAUGUCAAGACUGCCACUGGGAGACCGCCGUCUCUGAGACUCCUCAAUGGAGUCGCACGGAUGUCUCGUCGGGGCUUCUCAACCUCCCCCGCCAGAGACGUCGAUUUCACCCACGUAGUCAUCGGCGGCGGCGCAGUAGGCCUCGCAACGUCCCACCGCCUCGCAACCCGCCCGGACACCACAACCCUCCUACUGGAACGCCGCACCGCCGUCGGCACCGAAACGUCCUCCCGCAACAGCGAGGUCAUCCACGCGGGGAUAUACUACCCGCCAAACACCCUCAAAACAGCCCUCUGCGUCCGCGGCAAGCACCUCUUGUACGAUUUCUGCGCAAAGCAUCACGUGGGACACGCCAACACGGGGAAAUGGAUCGUCGCGCAGAACGACGUCCAGCGGGAGGCGCUGCAGCGCGUGCACGAUUUCUGCACGGACGAGAUUGGCGUGCCUGUGCGGUGGGUGGGCGAGGAGGAGGCGAGGAGGGAGGAGCCCGAGGUACGGGCGCUCGCUGGCGUGCUGGAGAGUCCCACGACGGGGAUCGUCGAUUCGCACGGCUUGAUGGUUGCUUUGAACGGGUUAUUCGAGGACGCGGGGGGCGUCGUCGCCUUGAAUUCUCACGUCGUGGGCGUGCGUCCCCUAGGACAAAGAGGAAGCCAGGGGUGGGAGGUCAGCGUGCGCGAUCCGUCGACGGGGGAGACGAGCGCCGUCACGGCGGAGGUGCUCGUCAACGCUGCCGGGUUAGGCGCCGUGGACGUGCACAACAUGGUUGUUCCCCCGUCCCGACGCAGGGAAAUGUUCUACGCAAAGGGAAACUACUUCUCCUACUCUGGCGGCAGCAAACCCGCCCCCAAAGUCAAGAGACUCAUCUACCCGGCCCCCGAACCCGGCGCCGGCGGACUGGGAACGCACCUGACGCUCGACCUCGCGGGCCGGGUGCGCUUCGGGCCGGACGUGGAGUGGGUCGAUUCGCCCGACGACCUGGCCGUCAACUCCGCGCGGCUGCCCGAGGCCGUGGAGGCGAUUAAAAAGUACUUGCCUGGUCUCGACGCCGGUGCCCUGGUGCCGGAUUACGCGGGGAUUCGGCCCAAGCUGGGGCGGAAGCAGGCCGUUGCCGACGGCAGCGGGUUCCACGACUUUAUCGUCCGCAAGGAGGACGGGUACGAGGGGUGGGUGAACCUGCUGGGCAUCGAGAGUCCCGGCCUGACGAGCUGCUUGGCGAUUGCGGAGCGGGUGGAUGAGAUUGUGUACGGGUAA